AUUUGAAUCAUUCUCGUUGGUUGGUCUAACCACAAACAUGAGAUUCAUUUUAGUAGCUGUACUAGCCGGCCUUUGCGCCGUUUCUGCGAUCUCAACUAGUGAGUCUAGCAACUACUCACAACAACAAAGGGAUGUGUGGAGACUCUUCAAAUACAUCAACCAACCAAGCUACUACAAAGACCACGUCGAGAUUGCACACAGCUACAACUUCUACGACCACGCCAACAGUUAUGCCAAACCCGAAGUUGUCGAAGAAUUCUACAAGUACUUCAAGUACGACACGUUCCUUCAACGUGGGGAAAUCUUCUCAGUCUUCCACGGUGAACACUUGAAACAAGCCAUUGCUUUGUUCAAAUUGUUCUACUAUGCUAACGACUUUGAUACUUUCUACAAAACGGCCGUUUGGGCUCGUCAAUACGUCAAUGAAGGCCUGUUCUUGUACUCCUUCUCCGUCGCUUUGAUCCACCGCCCUGACACUUACUACUUCUCUCUGCCACCAAUCUACGAGAUCUAUCCUCAUUAUUUCUACAACUAUGAAGUUAUCCAGAAGGCCCAACACUACAAACAGAUGUACUACGGCCAAGAAGGUGCUCAUUAUAAUGACAGGACCAUCUAUGCUAACUAUUCUGGAUUCUACGUCAAUGUUUACCCUGAACAAGCCUUGGCUUACUUCACUGAAGAUGUUGGUAUUAACUCUUUCUACUACUACUACAACUUGUACUAUCCCUACUGGAUGAGUGGUGAAGAAUUCAACUUGAAAUAUGACAGCCGUGGUGAAAUGUUCUACUACAUGUACCAACAAAUCUUGGCAAGGUACUACUUGGAACGCUUGUCGCAUGGUUUUGGCGAAAUUGACCAUUUCGAUUGGGAAGUACCUUUCGAGAGUGGUUACUACCCUUCAAUGUGCUACCCCAAUGGGCUCUAUUUCCCCACAAGACACGCCUAUGCUCACUUGUAUGAAUAUUUCUACAACUAUGGACAACAUUAUGGUUUCAACAAGUACGCCCAUAGCUACACCCAUAUCAAAGAUUACGAAAGGAGGAUCCACGACGCCGUCGACAGUGGUUACGUCCAUACCCACUCUGGUCAAAAAGUCGAAAUUUUCUCCUAUGAAGGUCUCCAAAUUUUGGGUAACUUGAUCGAAGGCAACCCCGACUCGCCCUACUACCACUAUUAUGGAGCUUACCAAGUCUUCGCUCGCCACUUGUUGGGCUACUCCCACCAACCCCUCACUUUCCACAAACUCCACCCUUCGGCCCUCGAACACUUUGAGACUUCCAUGCGCGACCCUGCUUUCUACCAACUCUACAAGAAACUCCUUGGUUUCUUCUUCAGGUACAAGAGCCAACACUACCACUACUACGACGAACACGAUUUGGCCUACCAAGGAGUCCAUGUCAAACAUGUCGAAGUUGACCCUCUUGUCACCUACUUUGACUACUUCUACGCCGAUUUGAGCAACGCUGUUUACGUCACUCCUGAGGAAUUCGUCCAUGACAGUUUCAAGGUUCAUGUUGCUCAAGAGCGUCUCAACCACAAACCUUUCACCUACAAGAUCUACAUUGAUUCUGACAGGGAUACCGAAGCCGUUGUCAAAGUCUUCCUUGGGCCUAAAUACGACGAGUUUGGACGUUACAUCAAUUUGACCGAAAACUGGAUGAACUUCGUCCAAUUCGACCACUUUGUGUACAAAUUCAAACCCGGAGAGAAUGUAAUUUCGAGGAACUCCCGCGAAAUCUACAACUACAUGCACGACAGGACUUCCUACUACGAAUUGUACCAAAAGGCCUUCGGCGUGUACAACAAAGACCAACACUUCCAGUUCCACGACAACCAAUUCUUCUUUGGCUUCCCACAAAGGUAUUACUUGCCUAGAGGAUCUCCCGAGGGAAUGACCUACCAAUUCUACGUCUUUGUGACCAAACACCACCCAUACAAAGCCCAUGAUAAGGUACCAAUGGUCGGUUCUGGCUCGCACUACGUUGAUGCUUACCCAAUGGGUUAUCCCUUCGACCGUCCGGUCUACUACGAAGAGUUGUUCUACGCUCUCCCGAACUCCUACUUCCAGGAUGUCAGGAUUUACCACCAAGGACACACCUACGACCACCAUGUCAACCAUUUGAUCGAAAUGUAAAGUCUGAUUUUAUGAUAAUGGCAAUGUAUUGAGGUUAAUUCUAGAAAAUAAAGUGCAACAGUGAUUCCGAA